AACACGCCGUCGACAAAGAGCCGAGUAACAGAGCCUUCGGAAGCCCUGUUCCGGACCAUCAGAUCCUCGGGACAUGUAUCAAGUUGAAAUAUUUGAACAACGACAGCUGCACGGCUUGGCCACUUGGUAGCAAAGAGACAGAACAAACGGAUUGGUUCGUUGACGUACAAAUUAUUGCUUUCUGCUGCGCUGCAGGAUGUCACUGCUCCUGACGGUUACAUAUGAUUCCCUUACUGCAGCUGCCUUGUCUUGCUUUCGCCGUGCCUCUACAUUCAGCUUCUACCCUCUCCAUGCUCGUACCGAUUUCAAGCCCCAACAGUUUACGAGUUCCAGAUGUCGGGAUUUUUAGCCCUUGAUGGAGGUCAGUGCGCUGAGACACACUCCCUUUGGCGACGGUUGCCAGUGCGCUAUUAGGACAACUCCAAAGGACGUUCUUGCAAGAGAACGAUGAUCAUCAGCCGACCAUUUCCUUUGUUUUGCGAUAUAAAGGCAAUCCUGCCUUCCGAAUAACCCCCUUCUUCAUCGAUUCUCUUUCAUCCAUCACAGCACCGACCCGUUUUCCUUCCUUCCCGAAUCCCGCCUCAUUCUUGCCACCAGGCUCCCAUACUCCAGAUCUUUAUAGGGUUACCAUACCUAUUUAAGUUAAUAGCCACUCUUUCUUUCGACCAAGGCGACACUUCUUCCUACCUUAAAAAACACUGUGGACGGCAUGCUCGUUACCAACAUCUUUGCUCUUCUCGGUCUCGCUUCUUACGCCCAUGCCAACGGAAUCUCCUUGGCUGUGGGUACCAGAAUCAACGUUGGUGUUUCUGCCUCGAUCACUGUCAAGGCUUCCGUCUCUGAGAGGAACUCUUGUUCUUCCUCUGGUGACUUCUUCACCCAACUAUUGGGCAACCCUCUCUGCUCUUCUCCUCAAACUCGGACCACCCCUUCGUCUGAUUUGAUAUGCCCCUUCAACUGGUUCAUGCACAAGACUGCCAAGUGCUGUAUUCCCCAGACCGAGGUUGCGAGUUGUGACUGUGGAGAAGGUUACACUUUCAAUGAGAAGACCAAGAAGUGUGCCAAGAACACUGGUAGCUGUUCCGGCGAUCAAUGGUGGCACGAACGAUCUAGUUCUUGUUGCGACAACUCUUGGCACACCAGUCCUCCCAAGGGAUCAUGCCCUAGUGGUAUCACUUGUCCCACCAACUGGUUCUGGCACAAGACCCUUAAAAAGUGCAAGCCUCUCCACUCUCGUGCUCCUGAACCCGAUUGCGACAACUGGGACAGCAAUAAACAAUGCUGCAGUUCAGGAGGGUCUUCUCCUUCUCAAGCGGCCAACAAAGGAAAAGGCAAGCGAACUAUUCAGGCCCGCCAGCAACAAACUCUCUACCCCCAGACCGAGCUUGACCGAAUGUAUUGCCCUGGCUCUCUCCAUGCCUGUACCGUUAACAGCGCUUCCGGUGGUGAAUGGGCCUACGAAUGUGUCGACUUCGCUACCGAGCUCGAGUCUUGCGGUGGUUGCUCUUCCACUGGCGAGGGUCAAGACUGCACCCAGAUCCCGAAUGCCUUGUCCGUUGGUUGCGAGUUGGGCUCUUGUGCUGUCUACAGCUGCAAAUCUGCCUUCCGUCUCAAUGGCACCCAGUGUAUCGCUGUUUAAAGAUCCUCUUAGGCGUUCAAUAGCAAGGUUAUCUUCACCCUCCAAAAGCUGGUAUAAGCUCCGUAUACCGUAUAUCGUAUUAGGUUAACUGCCUGCUGCCUUGCCCGACGUCAUGUCGCGCGCGUCGAGGCGGCGUAGUAGGGAACAAGGACAGUUUUUGUAUAUGUCACUAUAUUAAUGGUUUUUUAUCGGAUGAAUUGCGCGUACCAUACGGUUUUUGCAUGUCUGAGGUGUAAGAGCGAUGAUAAAUGAAGAAUGAGAGAUGAUUGAUGGAUACGAAGGUGGAAGAUGGAGACGGAAACGAAAAGAUGGGAA